UGCGACAUGCCACCAAGACAGUCAGUCGCGCGCUAACACUCGUUUAGUUGAUUUCGGUUCUUUUUAUAACUGAUAACAAACGCGACGUAAAUGUGUUGGCACGUUUAGUCCAUUUAAUUAGUUUCGUUUUAUAUACAAUGUUCAAAUGACAUUCGGUUUACGAUUUUUAAAAUUUAAACGACUGUGCACAGAAAUAAAAGUUUAUUAGUAUUUUAAAAGUGAAAUUUUAAUCAAGUGAUAUUUUAUUUAUUAUUUAAAUUAUAAUUAAUAAAUAAGUAACGUGAGCACAACAAUUAAAACUUUAAACUAUCAGCAAUUACGAGGAUAAAUUUAAAAAAUUAAAUUUUAUUUUAUCUUAUUUGGGAUAGUAAAAUUUAAAAAAUAAGUGUGUAUUAGAUAAAUUGUAAUGUGCGACUGAAUAAAAUGGAAUCACCAGUCAUGUACGAAUCAACGGGCCAUCAGGUCCAGAAUCAAGCUACUGCGGAUUUGAAAAAGUCACAAAGUAUGCUUGGGAAUAAUAAUAACAAUAACACAAAUAAUAAUAAUUCGGCGUUACAAGUUAACCAUAAUCAGCAGACAGGUAAUUUAGUUAGUAAAGUAUCGGCAAGUAAAGCAACUCUCCAUCAGCAAUAUGCUGAGCAUUGUGCUGCAGCUGGGGAAUUGACGGAUUUAAAUACACCGGAAAUAUCAUUAGACCUACAGAGGCUAAUUGAUGAUCCGAAUUUUAACGAUGGCCUCCUGGAUAUGUUUAAUGAUGGCAAUGGAGCUCUCAAACACGCAAGAAACACCUCAUAUCCCAGAACAACGUUGGCAUAUAUGCCUCAGCCAGUUCACAGUGGUGCUAGUUAUCACCAAAACAGUAAUAGCUGCAGUGACAGUAAUAGCUCAUCAUCAGAUUCACCUAGUAUCAAAGAAGAACCUGUUGAUCCAGCAGACUACAGACGUCACUGUCCACAAUACCCACCAAGUGGUUAUAAUCCAACAAACGGUGGUCCUUUUACCAAUGGCGGCCCUACAUUUACGACCCUUACACCCUCAACACUUCCUGGUCAUCAACUCCAUCAUCAGCAUCAACAGCAACAACAAUCCCAGCAUCAACAGCCACGGGGUCCUAUGAAACCAGUGCUGGCACAUCAACAUCAAGCUGCUGCUGCAGCAGCCGCUGCAGCUGUUGCCAGAAAACAAAGCAAAUCUGUUGACAAAGCAAGUGAUGAAUAUCGACGACGACGAGAACGUAAUAAUAUCGCUGUAAGAAAAAGUCGCGAAAAGGCUAAAGUGCGUUCUCGCGAAACCGAAGAAAAAGUUAAAUUACUCGUUAAAGACAAUGAGCUGUUGAAAAAAAAGGUUGAAAUUUUAACUGAAGAACUAAAUGUGCUUAGAUCACUGAUUGGUAGUUGUGGCGUAUUACCUGAACAGCUGCAUCGGGAACUAUCGAGGCAUUUGGACCAAUUUCAACAACACGCAAUUGGACCUAUGUAGCAGCAGCACCACCACUAGGAACCUCAUCAUCAUUAACAUCAACAAGUGUAGCAGUUUAACAUUUUAGCGCGCGUGCAAUUUUUCGCGACCUUCAAGACACUUUGGGGAGUAUAUCCGGCUGUGAAAGCUCAUUAUAUAUUAUUUUGUGCGUCAUUAACACUUGAAUCGAUCAUUAGUGAUCUCCCAAGUGAUUAUUCGAUUUAAUUUAAAUGUUUUAUAUAAAGUAUAAUGUACAGAAUAAUACUCCAGUCGGAUUCGCGAUUUUUUUUAUAGAUGAAUAUAAACUAAUGAUAAUAAUAUGAUAACUCAUUAAUGAGUUUAAAUAUUAAUAUUAGAGAAAAUAUUUUUGAAAAGUGCCUUUUUCUUACUAUGUUCAUUGAACCUGCCUAGGAUAAUACUUGGACACUUUUACUAUUAUUAUUAUUAUUGUUUAAUGUAAAUAAUAAGUAAAUAAACAAAGAUUCAUAUUUUUUUAGAAAUAUUUUUAAACAGGUUUUUUGACGAUUGCUAUAUGGCGCUUUUAUUAAAUAAUAACAAUUAUACCGCCAUUAUUUGAUCUCUCACUCAUCAAUAUUAACGCGUGGCAAUAUUUAUUAUAUCGCCGAAAUGGCGGCAUACAUAUUAUUAAUUAAUUCUUACUCUUUGGUACCUUAUACAAUAAAUAUAUAAAUAUUGUUAUCAUGAUAUGGAAGACUGGGAUAUUGUCACCCGCGAAAAGUUAUCAUUUCUUUGGUCUUAAUGUUUCAUAAAAGAAAAUAUAUAUUUAUAUAUAUAUAUAUAUUUAUAAUUAUUAAAAUUAAACAAAAAAAAAUAUAAUUGUAUAUUUUGUUUGCAUGGCGUUGUGAUUAGAUGCAAUUGUUUUAUAAACAAAUUAAAUUAAUUAGUGUAAAAUACUGUACUCAAGUAUACCUCGUGACACAUUCAUUUUUAUGUACUAUAUAAUAUUAUAAUUUUUGAAAUUAUCCCUGGUGGAAAUUUUUUGGAAUUUUCUCUGAAAAACUCGGGAAAAGUCUUUGGAACUUUGGAAAAGUCUUUAGAACUUUAGAACUGAGUUUUUCAGAGAAAAUUUCGAUAAAUUUCCAUCAGGGAUUUUAUUAUAAUUCUAAAAACAAAAAAAAAUAUUAUUAGAAAUUUGUUUUUGAAAAACAAAGUUAUGAUAUUUUUGAAAGUUUAAUAAAAAUCUGCAUUACUCAUGAAGUAACAAAAAAAAAAAUAUUAUAAAUCAGUGGCAAAUCCCAUGGCGUUAAUUUUAUAAACAAAAAAUACAGAAAAAAGGUCUAAGCACAACAAAAACAAUAAUAAUAAAAAAAAAAACUCACACAUGUGCACAGCCUUGUAUUAUAUAGUUAACGUAAUACUAAUGAUAAUGACAAAAAAAUUUACGUAAAAAUUAAUAUAUUUUAUUUGUUUAAAAAGUGAGAAUGAAUUAUUUUUUUGUGUGUAUAAGAGUAAGAAUGAAUCAUAUAUUUAAUUUGGAAAAUUGAAAAUACAAAAGAAAAAAAAUAAGAAAAAAAAACGUUAUGUUUAUAUACAUUAUAUACUUUAUAUUUUAUUUCUGGUUGAUAUGUUGUAAAACAAUAAUAUAUAUCGCCGAAAUUCAUUAAGUUACCGUUAAAUGUGUGAAGCGGGCUUCAUUGUUCAUUCAUUUGAUUGUUGAUAAUUAUCAUAUGUGAAUGUGGAUUAAGAUUGAGUCCUCGGGUAGAAUACAUAAUGAUAAUAAACUCAUCUAUUGUUUUUAUUUUUAUUUUUCCUUUUACUUUUUUUUUGUUCUCAUCUAUCCCUCCGUCUUUCACUUUCUCACUCUUAAUAAUUCUCUCUCUCUCUAUCUGUUGUUUUUGUUCUGUUUUUACAUACAAUGUAAUUUAGCGGGUAUGAAUGUAUAUAGUUUUUAUGUGUAUACGUAUCUGCGACGUGUGCCCAGUAUGAGAUUAUAUGUCACAGUUAUCUUCUUGUCUAUGCACAAAUAUAUUUUGAUAUAAAACUUA